ACAAUAGACGGGUUUAGACGAAAAUUGACGGGUUUUAAACUAACUUGUCACGUGAUAAUAAAAUUCGGACAAAAUGGCGACUCUUGAUGUCAGAUUGAAAAAAGUUAACAAAAUUUACAAAGAAGGGGAUGUUGUGGCAGGAGUUGUUGUUGUACAGAGUAAAGGGGAGCUGCCACACCAGGGAGUCACACUCACCAUGGAAGGUUCUGUCAAUCUACAGCUGAGUGCCAAAAGUGUUGGUGUAUUUGAGGCCUUCUACAAUUCAUUGAAACCCAUACAGUUACUGUAUUAUCCUCUGGAAGUUGCAAAACCUGGGAAAUUUCCAAAUGGUAAAACAGAGAUUCCAUUUGAGGUGCCGUUAAAGCCCAAACCAAACAAGACGCUUUAUGAGACAUAUCAUGGGGUAUUUGUGAAUAUACAGUACCAGAUAAAAGUAGAUAUGAAAAGGUCCUUACUGAACAAAGAUUUGAGUAAACAGUGUGAAUUUAUUGUGGAGUACAAGGACACAGAAGAAAAGGCAAAGCAAAAACCAGUCAAUUUCACAAUCACACCAGAAACUUUAACAAAUAUCAAAGAGAAAGAAAGAGUGCCAAAGUUCAAAGCAAGAGGAAAAUUAGAUUCUUCCUUGUUGUGUAUAUCCAAACCUUUGACUGGAGAGAUUAUUAUAGAAUCCUGUGAAACUGGAAUAAAGUCAAUAGAGAUACAGCUGGUACGGGUAGAAACCUGCGGCUGUGCCGAAGGAUUUGCAAAGGAUGCAACGGAGAUCCAGAACAUACAGAUUGCUGAUGGAGAUGUAAUGAGAGGUAUCGCCAUUCCAAUAUUCAUGAUCUUCCCUCGUCUCUUCACGUGUCCCACAUUAACAACAAAUAACUUCAAAGUUGAAUUUGAGGUGAACAUUGUCAUUAUAUUCCAAGAUGAUCAUCUUGUCACAGAGAACUUUCCAAUCAAACUCACAAGAUUUUGAGAACAUGUUCAACAAUGGUGCCACAAACAACUUUCCAAUCAAACUUACUGGCUUUAAAGAAUAUUUUCAGAAAAUGUGUCACUUAAAAAAACCUUUUGAUCAUACUCAACAUAGGCAGAAAUGUUGCUUCCCUUAGCAGACAAAUACACAAGGUGUUGGGAACAUUUGUGCAGCAUUGUUGUUCCUGAAUUUAUAAUGUUCACCAUGUUUUAGGAAUAACUUUGUUUAGAAUUAUUAUACCUGAAACUGAGACUGAGUUUUUGGAACAUUACUUUGUGCAGAAUUAUUGUACCUGAAACUCCGUUUCGGGAACAUUACUUUAUGCAGAAUUAUUGUUCCUGAAACUGAGUUUUGGGAAUAUUACUUUUUGCAGAAUUAUUUUACUGGAAACUGAGUUUUUGGAACAUUACUUUAUACAGAAUUAUUGUUCCUGAAACUGAGUUUUAUUUAACAAAUAAUCAAGGCCUUCGAGUGGUUUAUCGUCUUAUUCACCACGGUUCAGAGUUCAGAUGCAUAGGAAUUGAACCACGAGGGCGUUAGGAAUAACUUUGUUUAGAAUUAUUAUACCUGAAACUGAGACUGGGUUUUUUGGAACAUUACUUUAUGCAGAACUAUUGUUCUUGAAACUGAGUUUUGGGAACAUAACUUUGUGCAGAAUUAAUGUACCUGAAACUGAGUUUUGGGAACAUGACUUUGUGCAGAGUUAUUGUACCUGAAACUGAGUUUUGGGAACAUGACUUUGUGCAGAGUUAUUGUACCUGAACCUGAGUUUUGGGAACAUGACUUUGUGCAGAAUUAAUGUACCUGAAACUGAGUUUUGGGAACAUGACUUG